CGCGCGUGUGGCUAUAUUUGCGCACGACACUUGCGGACUGACAGCUGACAGCUGCCAGCACGAGUAGUAGGAGCAAGCGGGAGCGGCGGAUCAUGUAAGGCUUUUCCGAGUCGAAAACGAAGCAACUCGUCGUUCUACGAGUGGUUGCACUGCCAAACGGAUACGUUAGAAGAGCUUGGCAGGAUAGGCAAACGCAGGAGCGGGCGAAAAAGGAGUAGACGAUCCAAAGGCGGAAUGACACGUCCUCCAAACAAUGACAACCUUAUGACCUUUAAACUGGUCGUUGUUGGAGAUGGAGGCGUUGGCAAGAGCGCUCUUACGAUACAGUUCUUUCAGAAGCUGUUCGUUGCAGACUAUGAUCCAACUAUCGAGGAUAGUUAUAUUCAGCAUACGGAGGUGGACAAACAAUGGUGUAUCUUGGAUGUGUUAGAUACAGCUGGUCAGGAAGAAUUUAGUGCUAUGCGUGAACAAUACAUGCGGAAAGGUGAUGGAUUUCUUUUAGUAUUUUCUGUGACCGACAAACAAUCGUAUCAAAACAUUGUCAAUUUUCAUACUCAAAUUCUACGAGUAAAAGAUAGAGAUGCUUAUCCUAUGUUACUGGUGGCGAAUAAAAUCGAUUUGAUACAUAUGAGAAAAGUCUCAGAGGAGCAGGGAAAAGAAUUGGCUGUUCGCUUGGGCAUACCUUAUAUUGAAACUUCUGCUAAAGAUCCACCGCUAAAUGUAGACGAGGCAUUUCAUGAGGUUGUUCGUCUCAUCAGAGAGCAACCUCCGUCCGAAUUGGAGAAAAAUAGAAAAAAGCGACGACUUUCGAAAAAGUGCAACAUUUUAUAAGUUCUGAAGACAAGCUAAAACACAUGCAAGAACCAAGGACCAUGAUGCUGCAUCACAAUCGUGCAAUACAUGCUUCCAAGAGAGUAUGUCCUUGGGGUUUAGGAAAUCCAUCGGAAAGGGUAACUCUUUUGUUCUCCAGUAUAGGUAUCUA